UUGUCUCACUCUAGCUGUUGAAACCCAAGGGCGGGAGAUGCGGCCGGGUGGCCGCGGUGGUCAAGAGCGGGCAGGGACCGCGGGGAAAGGAGCGCGGCGCCUUUAAAGGAAGAGGCGAGGAACCCCCGCCAGGAGGCGUGUCUGUCUCCGCAGCCGCCGCUGCUGCUCCACGGUCACCGUCUUCGCCGCCGCCGUCACUCGCGCUCUGCGCCGGCGGCUGCGCUGCUUGGUCUGGGAGCGGGGGACUUUCCGCCCGACCUCCUCGGGCUGCUCCUCCCCGAGGACCACCCCACCCCCUCCCCGCCCACCUCACCCUCAGUGCCAGGCUCGCGGGGCCGGACAUUGUGGGUGUGCGUGCUGGAUUUCUCCCGGAUGCUCUCCGACUAACAUGGAUGUCCCACCAUCCCUUGCAGUGGAAGAUUGCUCCUUGGCGCAGUGAGUGAGGAACAUGCAGCGAUUGCUAAUGGGUUUGGGAAGCGGAGACUCCUUCCUCUCUCUGUGACCAUGCCGUGAUCGUGUCUGCGGCCACCACUCGACGCAUCCUCAUUUCUGCCCGAACCGGGAGUCUAACGUUAGAUCGGGGAAGUGGGUGCCGCGCGUGUGGGCACAGAAACACCAUGAAGAUUAUUUCUCCGAUUCUAAGUAAUCCAGUCUUCAGGAGCACCAUUAAACUCCUGCUCUGUUUACUGUGGAUUGGAUAUUCUCAAGGAACCACACAUGUAUUAAGAUUUGGUGGUAUUUUUGAAUAUGUGGAAUCUGGCCCAAUGGGAGCUGAGGAACUUGCAUUCAGAUUUGCUGUGAACACAAUCAACAGAAACAGAACCUUGUUGCCCAAUACUACCCUCACCUAUGACACCCAGAAGAUAAACCUCUAUGACAGUUUUGAAGCAUCCAAGAAAGCCUGUGAUCAGCUGUCUCUCGGGGUGGCUGCCAUCUUCGGGCCUUCACACAGCUCGUCAGCAAACGCAGUGCAGUCCAUCUGCAAUGCUCUGGGGGUCCCCCACAUACAGACCCGCUGGAAGCACCAGGUGUCAGACAACAAAGAUUCCUUCUAUGUCAGUCUCUACCCAGACUUCUCUUCACUCAGCCGCGCCAUUUUAGACCUGGUGCAGUUUUUCAAGUGGAAAACCGUCACAGUUGUAUAUGAUGACAGCACUGGAUCAGCUAGUUUGAACUAUGAAUUAGACAAAGGAUAG